AAAUUGUGGCAAUUAAAUAGAGUAAUUUUCGUAGAAAAAGAAAUUAAAAUUGAUAAAAAUACAAAGGUUGUAACUGUGUGACGGGAAUUUAGUAAUUGAAUUAAUUUUACCAAUUAUAUUUUCGUUGAAUUGCGCCAACAAAACGUUUCCAAAAAUUCAUUCAUAAUAAAUUAAGAGAAACAGAAACUUUAAAUAUAACAAAUUGGAAGGAAGUUUGAGGAAAAACCGGAAAAUAUAUAUAAUAAAUAAUAGAACAGGGGCGACAAUUUAUGUCAGUGUUAUGAGAAUGUAAACAAAGUGUGGCAAUAAAAAUACGGAAACAUCAUAAAAGCAAUUCAAUUUAGUGAAGUGUAAAAAGGAAAACUUUCAUGUUUUGUUCGUUAUACAAUUUGUAAAGAAGAGAAAGAGCAUUUUAUAAGACAGGAUUUUGUUUUUGCCGCCUGAAUUGUUACAUUAAAAUAGAAGUUUUAUUGAAACUGCUUUUCAGAUUAUUAUUUUUGUCUUUUAAGUUGAUAUGCCGUUUUCAGUUCAAGAAAUUUCAAAAAUCCGUUACUUGAACAUUUUCUUCCGUGCAGCAAAAGGAUAUUAAUUUGGAAAAGUGCUGCUUAUAUUACGUUACGUUGUUUUUUUCACCGAUUGUUUACAUUUAAAAAAAAGUCAUUUCCACGGUUGUCGUUGGCAAUAGCUUUUUAUGCGACAUGAAAAGCACAUCUCGCAAAACAGAAUGCACUGAAACGUAGAAAAUAUUGUGCGGUAUUUGAAUCCAUUGACACAGUGUCAGUGUGUGUGUGCAUUAUAGUAUAGAUAUAAAAGCUGCACAAUUUCAUCGUUCCAUGGACUAAACUGAUUUCAGUUUGUGUUUUCAUCAACCGAAAUAAUAUAACUACAAAAUGUGCUUUUCGAUCGUACCUUUUGUGCUCAUACACUCAAGAUGAAGUUGGAUAAUUUGAACGCAAUUUGGAUUUGGAUAGUUACGUUUAUUAUAUUUGGAGCUGAAACAUCAGAAGGAAAACAACAUCGGGCUGUUGAUGCAACAUCAGAAACAAAUAAUGAACUUAGUUUUCCGAGAUUUGCUGAACCGAUUCCUAACAUAACAGUAACUAUUGGCAGAGAUGCUUUGCUUGGCUGUGUUGUAGAUAAUUUAAAAAACUAUAAGGUUGCGUGGGUUCGUGUCGACACCCAAACAAUUUUAUCGAUCCAUCAUAAUGUGAUAACGCAAAAUUCUAGAGUAACAUUAACCUUUAACGAUCAUAGAUCAUGGUACUUACAUAUAAGAGAAGUAGAAGAAAGCGAUCGAGGAUGGUACAUGUGUCAAGUCAAUACUGAUCCAAUGCGAUCACGAAAAGGAUAUCUACAGGUUGUGGUUCCGCCCGUAAUCAUCGAAUCAAUGACUAGCAACGAUAUGGUGGUAAGAGAAGGUACGAAUGUUAGUUUAAUGUGCAAAGCUAGGGGGUAUCCGGAUCCGUACGUGAUGUGGCGACGCGAAGAUGGGGAUGAAAUGUCCAUAGCUGGUGAAAAUGUAAAUGUCGUCGAUGGCGAAAUGCUACUAAUCACAAAAGUUAGCCGAUUACAUAUGGCAGCGUACUUAUGUGUAGCAUCGAAUGGAGUACCGCCGUCGAUUAGCAAACGAGUUCAAUUGAGGGUACAGUUUCCUCCGAUGUUGUCAAUACCAAAUCAACUGGAAGGUGCUUAUCAGGGUCAAGAUGUCACUUUAGAAUGUCACACGGAGGCGUAUCCAGCUUCAAUAAACUACUGGACAACUGACAAGGGAGAUAUGAUUAUAUCGGAUGCAUCACGAGCAGGCGAUAAAUACGAAACAUCAUCGUCAAACACCGGAUAUAGUAAAUACAUGAAAUUGAAAAUUCGUAACGUUGGCCCUGGUGAUUUUGGUUCCUAUAGAUGCGUUGCUAAAAAUUCGCUCGGUGAAACGGACGGACUCAUCAAAUUAGAUGAAAUUCCGGCUCCAACCACCAUCAUGACCACAGAGCUGUAUUCGAAUCGAUCCAACGGUAAAAGACCGCAUCGAAAACCUGACACGCAAAUUUUGGGAGAUUAUGGAGUGGAAGAAUGGAGAGACGGAGAUUACAAUGGCGACUUUACAUCACCGUCAAGAGGGCCGCCACCCAUUCGCCACCCACCGGGUGCAUUUCACAAUAGCGUUUCGUCUUCGAGACUUUUUAGUUUCUUUAGAAAUUUAGUGUUCAGCAAUAGUUUAUUGUACGCUUGCCGACAAUUGUUUUGCAGCUACAGCACAAUGAGAUUCGCAACGAGAUGAAACUAGAAUGUACCCAUAAAUAAUGUAUAUUAAAAUAUAGGGAAAAGAGCGCAAAAAAAAACCAAACAGAAAAUGGGAAAUAAAACGUGAAGUCAGCAUCAGCAGCAGACUGCAACCGACGUGGAAACGCUUGAAUUAAUGAUCCUUAACCCCCAAAAUGGAAUAAAUAAAUGAAAAUCUUUUUUUAAACGGAAAAAAUUGUGUAAAUUGCAGAAUAAAAAAUAAUAAAAAUCUUGAAACUAAAUUAUAGAAAAACUGACUACGACGACUACGUAAAUUUGACUGCUAAGAGUGAUCCUGAAGUAUAUAUGGAAUAUUUAAAUAACUGAACGUAUUUUUUAAAUGGACAGUGGAUAUAAUAAUUUAUGUAAGAGAGAGAUAUAAUAGCGAAUAUUGAACUUUAUAUAAAUGGAAAUGGAUGUUAACUAAUCAAAUAGCUACCGAAAAAAAAUUCCUCUAUCAUUAUAACCUCAUGUCUCUGUAUACACAUUAUGCAUGCAUUUUAAAUCUCAACUUGAAAGCAACAUUAUCCUUUCCAGUUUAGACGAAACCAAAAUGAAUUAGCAUCUGUUUCUUAGGGCAGUAAAAAAACUCGCUUGUAAAUAUUGUAAAUUUGUGUUGAGAAACAAAUAGAAAAAAAAUUUAAACCAAAAAAAACCUAACUAUAACAACAACAAAAGAUGUAAACAUAAAACGUGGUAAGUAUUAGCAUUCAUUCACUUCGACGUAUAAAUAAAAAAAAUAAAAAAAUAAAAACAACGACUAAACCAUAUUAACUACUAUUGAAUAUAACAAAUAAUUCCUGAACGUUUAUUAUGCAACAUCAAAAAUUAUAACUAAACUUUUUGUGAAAAUUAUGUUUACAGAAGCAAAAUAUGCGGGGCUAUAUAAUAUUGUAAUGUAACGAACGAACGACGACGAACUCGAAGAGUCACAAACGCGCGUAGCAAACAUUUAUUAUUAUGAAUUUCCGAAAGUUUAUUGUUUGUUGAAGAUUUAUUACAAUGUUCUGUGUGUACAGGGUUCAGAUUUUGAUACGACUUAGAGUUUAAAAUACGACCAUAUAACUCACUGUUCGUAUAAGGCAAACAUUAACUUAAUUAAAGUUUUGCAAUAGUCACCCAUUUGAAAUGUCGGCUUCGGAGAAUCGUUAAUGUUUUAAAUUAUGGACGAAGGAAGUAUAUAGUUUAGAGCAGCGCGACAUUCAUUUUUUUCGUUCUCGUUUAAUAAAAAUUUAUUCCCGGAUGAAAUGACUUCUUUAUAGCAUGCUUACCGUGCUGUGAACUUAAAAAGGCAUCGGAUUUCUAUAGCUCAUUGUUUACUGCUAAAAUUGAAAAGUUACUUGAAAAUGAGUCAAAUCCUGAGAAUUAACUGGGGACGUUUUUUUGUGAAUCUUUUUUCCAUAUUUCCAGAGUUUUCCUAAUUUUCUCAAAUAAUUUUUUGUGAAAAUUUAGGAAAAUAUUUCCCAAAUCUAGUCCCUGCAACUAACAAAGCUGAAAAGAAAUUUGUAUUCCAAGUAUGGGUCUUAACAAAAGCUCUCUAAAGUCAACAAAAACUAAUAACACCCUAUGGGGUGAACAUUGCAGUGUACAUGAACAACGAACCUAAAGCGAUGAGUUUUACCUCUAUAAGUGCGAUAGUAUUCAGAAACGAAAUGAAGAAAAAAAUUUCAAUAAAAGAUACAGACAGUACCGACAGUCUCUUCAAAUUCGUAGCUGCCUUGUCAUGUAAUGAAGUAGAGAUAAGCAUGAAAAAUGAGUGCUCUAUAUUUACAAGCGGGAAGUGUACCACUAUAUGAUCGAAAAGUCUGCUAGUUUUGUUGUUAAAAAUAUCGGCAGAUUUUUGGUACAAAGUCUAGUACUUCAUUAACGUUAACAGACAUUUUGCUAUAAUAAGACAACAACAGACUCUUUGUUUAUUUUUGUCGUCGUUGUCAAUAAUAGAAGAUUAUCCCAUUUCCGUUCUGUUUAUAUGACAAUGAACUUGAGUAGCUCGAUAUUUACGUACUUUAGCAAAAAAAAUACGAGGUGGACUAGAGCUACAGAAUAUUCCUCUUUACCACUCUAUCUCAAAGACCACUUAAGUGUUGUAUGCUACAUUCAUUGCUCACUUGAAUUUCUAACAAAUAUCAAAAUUUCGCAAUACUUAGCUCGUCAAUGUUUCUCCUAACUGACAUUUGUGUGUGUAGUAACAUUAUGUUAAGGGCUGAUUUUACCAUGAGUAUGAAAUGUGCUGCCUGACAUAAAACUCACUGAUCUGGCGAUAUAACUCACUUAAGUUGCAAUUGUGAAAAUUCGGCUUCGGUUCUUGUUACAUAAAAAUAUUUGAAUUUUAAAGGAUUUGGAUCCAUUGUCAUUUGAAUAUUUGGAAUAAAAAGAGAUUCUCCAAUAAUUGCAUGAUGUUUCGGUUCGGAAUUUAUACGCAAUAAAACAGAAUAGCUUGUCAUCGUCUGAAAAAAACAAACAAAUUUACAGAAAAUUUACGAACACCCUUUUUUCAGCAAGGUUUAUGUUGAGUGCCAAGUUUAUUUCUUUUUUUUUUCUCCCCCCGUUUGAUAUUAGGUGUUCGUGUAUGCUGUGUUAUGAAAAUCACAUAAAAUGCAAUAAUAAUUUAAAAGUCGAAUGCAAUAUCCUUUUCUGUGCAAGAAGAAAAUACGUGCCAUUAAUUUAUGUUUUCCCAUUAAAUAUAUACGACAGAGUGUGAAAUUGUUAUAAGAAGGGAACGAAAUUAUUACUUUCCAUAGAAUUUUUGUUAUUAUUAAACGAAGAGUGUAGUGUAAGGUGUACAACACACGUUUAUACAUAUAUAUAAAAGUCGUUAUUUUUUCGCAAAUUUUACAACCUUUCACUCUAUUCGUUUACUGAAAUUUACAUUAACAAAUAGACAUUUUUAUGCUUUUCCAGCGAAUUUUUGUAGAAAAAGUUAAUAUUCAAAAGUAGGAAAAAAAUCCACCGACGACGCAUCGUUGCAACAAUGAAGUCAAUUUUGAUGAAGCAGCAAUGAAGUAAAUUUUGAUGAGAAAUGUCUUAAUAAAUGUUUGCUAUAAUAGAAAUUUGAUGACUUUUCAAUAUUCAAUAAGUAGAUAUUUAAUGAAAAGAAAAUGAAAAAGUUUUAUGGAUUGACGGAAAGCUUUCAUGUUAUGCAAUAUAAGAGAUAAACCUAACUAUACGCUACAAGAAAAAAAUUGCUCCAACUGAAAUUUAUCUGUAAAUAAUGAAAUUGCUUGAAAAAAAGGAGGAUAAAUAAAAC